AUGUCGGAAACGAUCGUGGCCCCCAGCACAAUUGUCCGCUCAUGGAACGCGGGCAACGCCACCCUCUCCGGCCUUCACUCGCUCCUUCCCGGGCGCCUCGUUGUGUCAUUUGACCCCAACCUCAAUCAAACGGCCGUCGUUACCUUGACCACGUCCGCGCCAGAGCUUGCCGAUCUCAUUCAAGCCGAGGUUGUCCCCAGCGGCAAGACUAGCUUUCGAGUCGACGAGCGAGGCAUCCACGCGAUGGGCUCGCAACAGCAGCUCAAACUGUCCUUGACCCAACUCACUCUCCACUCGCCGAUUGCGUUCUUGACGACGUCUUCCGAAACCAUCGUGCACGAUGGCUCGUUGUCACUCCAAAACAAUGCAGCCAACGUCGUCGUGACGUCGCUUGGCAGUGGCAACGUGUGGGUGAAUGCUUUGAACCCGAUCUCCGUAUCCAAACUCGACAUUUCGUCGGGGGGUUCGGGAAAUGUGUCCGUCGCUGCGCCAUCCGUGAGCGCCAUCAAACGCAUCAAGCUCUCUGCUCUCGACGGUGGCUCCGUCAUCCUUCAAGCACCGUCUGUGCUGUCCGAAGAGCUCAAGACGUCUGUUUUAGGCCAGGGAUCGGUGUUUGUAAACGGCACCGUGGUCACGUCGGAGCUCCAGAGUGAAGUCGUGGGGUCUGGCUCCAUCAACUACUACCCCGUUGGCCAUUGCAAUGACAGCAAGGUCACGAUCCUCGGUUCCGGCAAUGCGUAUGUGGCGUCCGUGGCGUGCUUCGAAACCAAAGUCAGCCUUGCGGGGUCCGGUUCGGCCUAUGUGCAAGCUAUUGACACGCUUGCUCGCUCUGGCUACGGCAGUGGGAGCGUCAAGUACUACAACGUGACCCCCGCGCACUUGCCAAAGGCGAAGAAGUACCAGUGGUUCACUCCCACCCCCGCUCAAGUCGUCCCUACCGCCGACAACGUGUACAUCACUUUCGACGUUGCCCCUGAGCCGACUACGUUGAAAGAAGGCGUGGAAUUUCACAUUGUACAGCAAACGGGUUGGUUUCCUUGGCCCACGAGCGAAACGAGCGCGCCGGUCGGAUCGUCUGCCUUGGCAACUCGGAUGGGAAGCUCCACUUCGACAUGUAACCUCGGCGUUGGCGCUCUGGCCAUCGUCCUGUUGGCCAUGGUGGCGUUUGUCGUGUUCAAGAAGCGUCAGCGUCUGGGGUACGCGUCCCUUCAGUAG